CUUAUUUGGGUGUUUAUGUCAUUUGUAAUAUUUCACGUAUGUCUUUUGGUGUUAUUCAUCUAAUGUAUGUCUGCAUGUAUGUCUAUGUCCUCUUUUUUUUAUACGAGCUUCCCAGGGAUGCAAAAACAAUUUCAGCCCUGGUUGACAAUAAAGAUGUAUCGUAUCAUAUCGUAUUAUGUUUUAGUCGAGGCUAUAAAAAAAGACAUCACAACAACAAAAUGAAAGCAGAAAAUAUAUAACAGAAAACAACCUAAUAUUUAUUAUGUGUUGAAGGUCUUUUUUCCUCUCCCUCAGUCUCUUUCAAACUCAAUCCCACUCUAUGCAAACAUGUGCACAUACACACUGGAUACAUGCACACAUUUACACACACAUCUAUUAGAAUACAUGUUUGUAUAUUCGUUAUAGUCUCAUGUGGUCACCUAUCAACCAUAUAACAAGCUCUGCUUGGCCACUCAUUACCUCCUGACAGCAAUAAAGCAGACACACCCAGAGCUACCAUGGGCAAAAGGUUAAACCUUUUCAUUUGAAAAAGCACACAAACGAGCACCAACACACCCAGGUGGUAAAUGAGGCCAAUGCCCAGGACUCGCCUGAUUGGCUUGGUUUGACGAGUGAUGUCAUGUAUUCGGAGGGCCUGACCACUUAGUAAUAAAACUGUACACAGAUAAGGGUAAUCAACUCCUUAAAAGCAGCAGAAAACAGGAAAACGUCUGAGCGGACACGUACACACAGCAGAGAGUAGCUCAUUGUGUCAAAUCGAAACUUCUGGAUUCAACAGCAGGUGCAGUAGUUACAACUUGAGGAGGAGGCAUAGCUUGUGGAAAGAAGGGUCGACAAAGAGCUUGAAGGGCAAAAUCAAGAAGGCAAAAGAAGCAAGGAAAGAAAGGGAAAAUAAAUACGGAGGAACCAAGAGGACAGGAAGGACAAAUUAAAGAGCUUUUGAUCUUUGUCUGAGUAUACAAUGGUGUCUUUUGGACUCGAACUGGUUGGCGUCAGUCUGUCAGUGCUCGGCUGGGUGCUAAGUGUGGUCAGCUGUGCCUUGCCAAUGUGGAGGGUCUCUGCCUUCAUUGGCUCCAACAUUGUCACAGCUCAGGUCUACUGGGAGGGUCUGUGGAUGAACUGCGUGUUCCAGAGCACGGGGCAGAUGCAGUGUAAGGUCUACGACUCCAUGCUGGCGCUACCUCAGGACCUGCAGGCCGCCAGGGCGCUCACCAUCGUCUCCAUCAUCGUGGGUGUGGUGGCUCUCCUCAUCUCUGUGGUGGGAGCAAAGUGCACCAACUGCAUCGAGGAUGAAGGGGUUAAAGCCCGGGUCAUGGCCGCCUCAGGUGGGUCGUUCAUCGCAGCAGCUCUGACCCAGCUGGUGCCCGUUUCCUGGUCAGCACACACCAUCAUAAUUGAGUUCUACAGUCCACUCAUCCCCUCUGGUCAGAAGAUGGAGAUCGGGGCGGCACUGUAUCUGGGCUGGGCCGCUGCGGCCUUGCUGCUGAUUGGAGGGUCCAUCCUCUGUUGCAGUUGCCCUCCACAGGAAGAGAAACAAAUAAGGUACAGCGUGCACCCCCAGAGUCGUAUAGCAUACUCUCCCACACCGAGGUCAAAUGCUCCAAGCUCCUACAACAGGAAAGACUACGUGUGAGGGAAGGACUGAGGGCGGGAGUAGGAAGAAUUGUGACCUCGUCAUGCUAUUUGUACUUGUAUCCUGCUUAUUUGUACAUUGUCAGGAAAUGUGUACAGUAAUGUAGCUAAAUAACAUUUGCAUUGGUUUAAGUGGAACCAAUUGUUCACUAGAAAAAGACCAGUUUGUGGACAUUUAGGACCAUAAAUGUGUGUAAAUAUGAAGUCAGUUGAUACUUUUAAGAGAUAGUUUGGAAGCUCUAUACAGAUGUUUAUGGUACUGUUUGCAAUUACCAUUAGUCUAAAACAAGUUUGAGGAAGAUUUGACCAAAUGUGAUAAAAUAAGAGACUUAAUCCCAUAUAUACAGUAUUUAUUAUUUGUGCUUAUAACAUUUACGUUGUGAAUGUUCCUCAUUGUACUGAUCAGUGUGUACAGAUAUCAGGUAUCAUACUGUCAACUAUUGUAAAGCAAAUACAGAUGCUGUUGUGACUGUUUAAAAUGGCCUUUUGGGUGGGAGGGCAGGGUGAAUAAUAUUUUUCUUGCUAUUAUAACAAAAUACGGACAUAGUCACAGAUGUGAAACAUUAUACAAUCGAGCGAAAUGGAGCUCAUUUUGGGCUUCAAAGCAAGGUCAACAUGGCGGAGUGGACUGUAAAAAGAAUUUAUGUAAAAUUAAUAUUUGGUUGGGUGAUAUGUGGGUGAUUUUCUAUCUAUAUCACAUUUCACAGCACAUCAUGUGGCUGUGUUUGGACUUUGUCUACAAAGGUUAAUGCUUUUAUAUAACAUGGCUUUUGUUGUAUUAACAUUGUAUGUGUUUCCCAAUAAUGAGAGAAUCUUUUGAGUUUACUUUGUGAAUGCAAAUGUUUUGUUUUUAGAUCUACUGGAAUGAUUUAAAUAACUUUAGUAAUAAAGAUGUUUACUGUGAAACAUUA